UCUGAACAGGCACGUUCCGGGCAGCUCACCCGACUUCUUAGGUUAUUAUGGGAUCGGUAGGGUCCUGAGCAUCGGGGCAGCAGAGAAGUAUAUCCCGGAAAGCAGAGUCUUGGACUCAGGAGAGGAAUCUCACAUCGAGACCGGCUGGGAUUUUUCUUUUUGUCUUGGUUUUGCGGAGGGAAGAAGAGGAGGUUGUGUGGCUCGGUUGAACUUGAGGCAGCGUGAAGGCCCCCUCAGGCAGCGCCGAGGGCAGCCGUAGCCGGGGCCUGGUGCGGCCGCCGCGGCCGCUGUCAGGGAAGCGGAGGCGGCCAAUGGAUCCCGGGAGCGGUCGCUGCUGCUGAGGCAGCGGUGCCGGCAGCCCGACUCCGGCAGCCCGACUCCGACUGCCCGCACCCCCUCCGCGGGAGUCCCCAGAGCUUGGACGCUCGAAGUCUGGCUGUGGCCAUGGGAGACACAAUAGUGGAGCCCGCCCCCCUGAAGCCAACUUCUGAGCCCAUUCCUGGCCCACCAGGGAAUAGUGGGGGCUCCUUGCUAAGCGUCAUCACGGAGGGGGUCGGGGAACUAUCAGUGAUUGACCCUGAGGUGGCCCAGAAGGCCUGCCAGGAGGUGCUGGAGAAAGUGAAGCUUUUGCAUGGAGGCAUGGCGGUCUCUAGCAGAGGCACCCCACUGGAGUUGGUCAAUGGGGAUGGUAUGGACAGUGAGAUACGUUGCCUAGACGAUCCACCUGCCCAGAUAAGGGAGGAGGAAGAUGAGAUGGGGGCCACGGUAGCCUCAGGCACAGCCAAGGGAGCAAGAAGGCGACGGCAGAACAACUCAGCCAAACAGUCUUGGUUGCUGAGGCUGUUUGAAUCAAAACUAUUUGACAUCUCCAUGGCCAUUUCAUACCUGUAUAAUUCCAAGGAGCCUGGAGUACAAGCCUACAUCGGCAACCGGCUCUUCUGCUUUCGCAAUGAGGACGUGGACUUCUAUCUGCCCCAGUUGCUUAACAUGUACAUCCACAUGGAUGAAGACGUGGGUGAUGCCAUCAAGCCCUAUAUAGUCCACCGGUGUCGCCAGAGCAUUAACUUUUCCCUCCAGUGUGCCCUUUUGCUGGGGGCUUACUCUUCGGACAUGCACAUUUCCACUCAACGACACUCCCGUGGGACCAAACUACGGAAGCUGAUCCUCUCCGAUGAGCUGAAACCAGCUCACCGAAAGAGGGACCUGCCCUCCCUGAGCCCAGCCCCUGACACAGGGCUGUCUCCCUCUAAAAGGACUCACCAGCGCUCUAAGUCAGAUGCCACCGCCAGCAUAAGUCUCAGCAGCAACCUGAAACGAACAGCCAGCAACCCUAAAGUGGAGAAUGAAGAUGAGGAGCUCUCCUCCAGCACCGAGAGUAUUGAUAAUUCAUUCAGUUCCCCCAUCAGACUGGCUCCUGAGCGAGAAUUCAUUAAGUCCCUGAUGGCGAUUGGCAAGCGGCUGGCCACACUCCCCACCAAGGAGCAGAAGACACAGCGCCUGAUAUCAGAGCUCUCUCUGCUCAACCAUAAGCUCCCCGCCCGAGUCUGGCUGCCCACUGCCGGCUUUGACCACCACGUGGUCCGUGUGCCCCAUACCCAGGCUGUUGUCCUCAACUCCAAGGACAAGGCUCCCUACCUGAUCUAUGUGGAAGUCCUUGAAUGUGAAAACUUCGACACCACCAGUGUCCCUGCCCGGAUCCCCGAGAACCGAAUCCGGAGCACUCGGUCUGUGGAGAACCUGCCUGAAUGUGGUAUCACCCAUGAGCAGCGGGCAGGCAGCUUCAGCACUGUGCCCAACUAUGACAAUGAUGAUGAGGCCUGGUCAGUGGAUGACAUAGGCGAGCUACAAGUGGAGCUCCCUGAAGUACACACCAACAGUUGUGACAACAUCUCCCAGUUCUCUGUGGACAGCAUCACAAGUCAGGAGAGCAAGGAACCCGUGUUCAUUGCAGCAGGGGACAUCCGACGGCGCCUUUCAGAACAGCUGGCUCAUACUCCCACGGCCUUCAAACGAGACCCAGAAGACCCUUCUGCAGUUGCUCUCAAGGAGCCCUGGCAGGAGAAAGUACGGCGGAUCCGAGAGGGCUCCCCCUAUGGCCAUCUUCCCAAUUGGCGGCUCCUGUCAGUCAUCGUCAAGUGUGGGGAUGACCUUCGGCAGGAGCUGCUGGCCUUUCAGGUGUUGAAGCAACUGCAGUCCAUUUGGGAACAGGAGCGAGUGCCCCUUUGGAUCAAGCCAUACAAGAUUCUUGUGAUUUCGGCUGACAGUGGCAUGAUUGAACCAGUGGUCAAUGCUGUGUCCAUCCACCAGGUGAAGAAACAGUCACAGCUAUCCUUGCUCGAUUACUUCCUACAGGAGCAUGGCAGCUACACCACUGAGGCAUUCCUUAGUGCCCAGCGCAAUUUUGUGCAAAGUUGUGCUGGCUACUGCUUGGUCUGCUACUUGCUGCAAGUCAAGGACAGACACAAUGGGAACAUCCUUUUGGACGCAGAAGGCCACAUCAUCCACAUCGACUUUGGCUUCAUCCUUUCCAGCUCACCCCGAAACCUGGGCUUUGAGACAUCAGCCUUUAAGCUGACCACAGAGUUUGUGGACGUGAUGGGAGGCCUAGAUGGAGACAUGUUCAAUUACUACAAGAUGCUAAUGCUGCAGGGGCUGAUCGCUGCCCGGAAACACAUGGAUAAGGUGGUGCAGAUCGUGGAGAUCAUGCAGCAAGGUUGUCGCCGUUGCUCAGGAGCAUCCCCGUCUGGCCCCAUGAUGACGGUGGCCCAGGUCAUCUGUUCUCAGCUUCCUUGCUUCCAUGGCUCCAGCACCAUCCGAAACCUCAAAGAGAGGUUCCACAUGAGCAUGACUGAGGAGCAGCUCCAGCUGCUGGUGGAGCAGAUGGUGGAUGGCAGCAUGCGGUCUAUCACCACCAAACUCUAUGAUGGCUUCCAGUACCUCACCAACGGCAUCAUGUGACACCCUCACUCUCAGGCCCAGAAGCGGUGGGGGGGAUCCAGGGGACCCUCCCUGUGAGAGUCCUUGUCUGAUAAACCCCAAACCAGGAAACCCCACCCACCCACCCAUCCACCCAAGGGAAAUGGAAGGCAGGAGAUACAAAGGAUCAUGUGGUAACUGUAAGAGCUUGCUAGGGAGGGGGUGGGGGGGUGGGAGGGUUAGGAGAGCCAGCCAUGGGGGUCCAGACUUGCUGGGGCUCCGCUGUUCCCCAGCUGUGUCAGUAUUACCACCUGACAGAUGCCAGGACUCACUGCCCUCCAGAGAACAGAGAUGAUGAAUGUGGGACCUUUCUCUUCACCAGGGUCUAAGAGGCUCUUUCCACAGGCUCUCCUCUCAAUCCGUUCUGGGUCCCAGGAAGGGGAGAAAAGAGCAGGUUCUUGGUACUUAGGACUUGAUCCUGUGGUUGGCCUUUGGCCAUGCUGCUGCCCGACUGUCUGCUCCCAGGACUGACCCCUUGCCCGAGUUCACCUUGAUAGGUAGGCUCUGGCACAGGGUCCUGCACUUGCUGAGGUUCCCCAUCACAGGCAUGAGGAAGGGAAUUACCACAACCCUUCCAAUAUGUGGGGGUCUUGGCCUAGCCAUGGGGGAAUUCCUUGCUCUGAUCCCUUCCCCACACCCAAGGAAAUAGCUCUCAAUUUUUUAAUUUGUUUGUUUGAAAUAAAGUCCUUAGUUAGCUA